CGCGCAUGCGCAGUAGAGCUCUCCCCGCAGCAGGACGGAGCGCUGCGUCUUGUCAUGACCUCCAAAGCGGAUGUGGAAAUCCUGCCAAAAGAUGCAGAUGCUCCUCAGCGGCCGAGACACCAGAACACCACUGCCAUCCUCUUACCAGCUUCAACUCAUCCACUGCCAAAAGUGGACGUGUCCCAAACCACGGCAAAGGAAGUGACCCAGGUGGGCGGGACGUGCAGCAUCGUCCACGUUCUGGAGUGGAAAGAGGGAAUGGCCAUUCUGCCAGGCAGCAAUCUGAAGCUGUGUGUGAGUGACAGCGGCACUCUGGAGGUGAUCAGUCAGGGGAAAAUGAGCUCAGCGAACCCUCUUGCUGAUGGAGCUGCCACCAAAGUGGUGGAUGGAGAACCCAAACAGGCAGUGAAACCCGGCUCAGAUCCUUCAGCAGACGUCCAGGCCGUGUGUGUCGAUGGCGGUCGGCUCGUCAAGGUUAACCCGGAGGUCCAGGAGAACUCGGUUUUGCACAAGAACAGCGACCAGAUGAUGAAACGCUCCUACACCGAGGAGCUCCGGAGAGAUCCAGCACCUGACAAUCUGACAGGAAGUGACAGGAGUUUGGAAGGAGGAGUGAUGUCUCAUGACCCGGAACUCCUGAAGCCGAUGAAGAAGAGGAGGAGGAGGGAUUAUUUAAGCCCCUCUGAGGAAGACUCUGAGCCUGAGCCCAUGGAAGGGAAAGCUGAAGACCUGAAAACAGAAGGACAUGAAAAACCAGGAACAGACCUUAAAGCCGAGUCGUGGUCAUGGGCGCAGUAUCUGGACGAGCAGAAGGCCACUGCAGCCCCGGCUAAACUCUUCCAGGAGUCACAGCAAGUUCCAGAAAAUCCCAACAACUUUAGUCAAGGCAUGAAGUUGGAAGGAAUCGACCCCCAGCAUCCGUCCAUGUACUUCGUCCUGACUGUGGCUGAGGUCUGCGGUUAUCGAUUACGACUCCAUUUUGACGGUUACUCGGACCGCCAUGACUUCUGGGUCAACGCUAACUCCCUUGAUAUUCACUCUCCGGGCUGGUGUGAGAGCACAGGACACAAACUACACACUCCUAAAGGGUGUAAGGAGGAGGAGUUUUCCUGGUCCAGCUAUUUAAAGCUCACCAAAGCACAAGCUGCCCCAAAGGAACUGUUCAGUAACCCGGACAACGUGGAGACGGCCGAGGAGGACGGCUUUAAGGUCGGUUUAAAGCUGGAAGCUGUGGACCGCAUGAACCCCUCCCUCAUCUGCGUUGCCACGGUGACCGACAUCGUAGGCAAACGAUUUCUAGUGCACUUUGAUAACUGGGAUGAUACGUACGAUUACUGGUGUGAUUCUCAGAGUCCGUACAUUCACCCAGUGGGCUGGUGUAAAGAGAGAGGUCUCCCUCUCACACCUCCACAAGAUUAUCCCGAGCCGGGUCGGUUCUCCUGGGAGCACUACCUGGAUGAGACCGGAUCCACAGCGGUGCCUGCAGAUGCCUUUAAAGUGCGUCCUCCUCAUGGGUUCCAGGUGAACAUGAAGCUGGAGGUGGUGGACAGGAGGAGUCCAGCGCUGAUCCGUGUGGCCAGUGUACAGGAAGUGGACACACACCGGAUUAAAAUCCAUUUUGACGGAUGGAGUCACAUUUAUGACGAGUGGAUGGACUCGGAUCAUCCUGAUAUUCACCCUGCUGGAUGGAGUGAGAGCACGGGUCAUCCUCUAAAACCUCCUCCAUCCACCUUACCCAGUGUCCCGCAGCCUGGUCCAAGAGAACCCACAGCUGUAGCUCCGCCCAGUUUCACCUCAGCGCCGUGCAAAACUGGCACAAAUUCCCGCAGCACCUCCAAAUACAGCUUCCAUAACAGGAAGUGCCCGACUCCUGGGUGUGACGGCUCAGGUCACGUGACCGGACGUUUUACAGCGCAUCACUGUAUAUCCGGCUGCCCAUUGGCCGAGAGGAAUCAGGGGCGGGUCAAAAUGGACCUAUCGGAUACAGAGGGAUCCAAACGCAACCUCCUCGUCUUCGGACAGAGGGCCAAAAAGUCUCGCUACCACGGCAGGAUCGGCCGUCCUCCGAAAUAUCGGAAGAAUCAACAACGAGCCUUUCAAAACAUGACUUCAGAGAGCAUGUAUCCCUCCCUGUUCAUGUCAGCUCUGACUGCCAGUUCAGAUCGGACUCUGUCGCUCUGCUGGGAGCAACACUGCAAGCUCCUGCCUGGUGUCGCAGGAAUUCACGCUAGUCAGGUAGCUACAUGGAGCGUAGAGGAGGUAUUCGGCUUUGUGCAGAAUCUUAUCGGUUGUGAAGAGCAGGCUCGGCUUUUCAAAGAUGAAAUGAUAGAUGGAGAGGCCUUCCUCCUGCUGACUCAAACGGAUAUCGUGAAGAUCAUGAGCAUCAAGCUGGGACCAGCCCUGAAGAUCUACAACGCCAUUCUGAUGUUCAAGAGCACUGAUGAAGGACUGUAGUCAACUCUGACUCUUUAGUGCUGUGCCAUGUUCUCAUCCAUCCACAAUCCACCCAUCAUGUGUUUGGUGUUUACUGAUGUCCCCACCAGAGAGAGAGAGAGAGAGAGAGAGAGAGAGAGAAGGAAAAAUAUCAGAGUAUUUACUGUCUUUACUCUCAGUAAAGAAGAAGUGAAGUGUAGCUGAGCCCAGUCGGAAAUGCUGAAUGUUAUGAAGUGUUGAAAUGGACCAUCACGGUUCCUCAUUCUUCUUUCUGCUUCAGUACCUUCAUGUUAGAUCACAAAUUACUUCCACAGAGUAAUGAUUCCACUGUCCAGGAGAAGAAAAAAUCUGAAUAAUGACACAGCAGCAGCACUUUGGUGUUUGGUCCACUUUACACUGAUCAGGCAUAACAUUAUGACCAAAUAAUAUUGUUGGUCCUGCCAAAACAGCCCUGACCCGUCCUGCACUGUGUAUUCUGACCCCUUUCUAUCAGAACCAGCAUUAAUUUCUUCAGCAGUUUGAUCAACAGUAGCUUGUCUGUUGGAUCGGAUCACACGGACCAGCCUUCUCUCCCCACGUGCAUCAAUGAGCCUUGACCGCCCAUGACCCUGUCACCAGGUCACCACUGUUCCUUCCUUGGACCACUUUUGAUAGAUACUGACCACUGCAGACCGGGAACACCCCACAAGAGCUGCAGUUUUGGAGAAGCUCUGAUCCAGUGGUCUAGACAUCACAAUUUGGCCCUUUUGGUCAAACUCAAAGCUCAAAUCCUUACGCUUGUCCAUUUUUCCUGCUUCUAACAUCAACUUUGAGGACAAAAUGUUCACUUGGUGCCUGAUAUAUCCCACCCACUAACAGGUGCCAUGAUGAGGAGAUACUCAGUCUUAUUCACUUCACCGGUCACUGGUCAGAGUGUUAUACCUGACCGGUGUAUUAGUCUUUUACAGUUUUGCAUCAGAAAGUCAAAGUUUUAAAUAAUCCAUUCUGAUAUCUAGUCGAAUCCUGCGUUCUUUUAACCAAACAGCUAACUCAUUUCUAUCUGAUCUGGCUUUAAUAGCGGAUUACUUUAAUAACUGAAAUGUUAACAGGACAAACUGCUUUUUCAGCGGUGUUUACUAGUAAAUUAUCUUAACUAGUCUCACUCAGGGACUUAAAAUUGAAGAUCUGCACUGUAUCCAGGUGUUUCAGACUUAAAGCAAUGCAGAAAUAAUACCAUGACCACCAGGCAUGGGGAUCAGCUCCAGAUCAGCUGAUAGGGGCGUGGCCACGGGCUGAUAUGGGGCAUGGUCACGGCAGCGAAAGAUCUCAUUGAAACCGAUUGUGUGUGGAAUCACAGGACUAAAGGAGCAGUGAGAAAGAUGAGUAUCCUCGAUGGUCCAUAAAUUAUCAGUAAUUUAAAGACAGUAUUAUUCGUUGGAGUGGCACUUUAUAACGGCGCGUGAACAAAGCUGUUUUGCGUUAAAUAUAUCGAAAUGAAUUGGUGCUACCCCGAUAAUUAUGAUGCACUUUAUGUAUUUGGCCACUAGGUGGAGUAAAAUGCACAUUCUGAGCCAACUCGAUCAUCAGCGUUUACCCUUCAGCCCAUUUCUGGAGCUGUUUUAUGAUGUUGAUUAUAAAAAUAAAAUAAUACUGUAUACGA